AUGGAAGAAUUGGAUGGUAGCAACAGGCAAAGUGGCAUCCUAUCACUCAUCAAUCGAGAAAAAGUUGAUCGCAUCAACACAGAACGUCCGAUGAUGGCAAUGGCAACGACAGCAGUGGUCAGCCCGACCUCGUCCAUGUAUUCAAAUGGCCCCUCUCCAUAUUCUUCUGGUUGGUCUGGUCCAGCUGCAUACUCCGUAUCGGGGCUGAUUUCACCUCCAGAAUCGCGGCGGACAUCAGACAACAAGACCGAACCUCCUCCACCAAUACAAACUUCACAACCACACCGACAAUCCCUCCCCUCGAUCCAUGAAGCCUUGAGCAAUGGUCCCAAACCAAAUCCAUACGCCUCUCCUGUCUCUGCGUCGUUACCAGUGUCGCAUCAAAUACCAUACUCACAACCACAAUCAGCGCCUUUACCUCGAGCAUAUCCUCCGUCAGACCAUGCGCAAUACCCACCACAAUUAGCUCCUUCGCAGACCAGACAACCCUCACCUCCACAUCCUGUACAUCCACAGCCGAACUUCUCGCGACCAGAACAAAGUGCAAGCAGCUUUCCAGAAGUGUCGAGGCAUCCUUCAAUUACUUCGCUCCAAGCUGCGCCAGGACCACACAAUCCAUACGCAGCUCCACGUUACGAGCCUGCGAGACAUGAACAAGAUCCCAGAGCUCAAGAACGGAUACCGAAUGGCUAUCCGCCGCAUCCUCCACCUCCACAGCAACCUGCGUACAAUUAUGGGCCGAAUCCGAACCAAAUACCUCCACCGCCUGGACAGCAGGUAUCAAUUUACAAUCAGUCUCGGUACCCACCUCGAGAUCCCAGAGAAUUGGCCGAUCCAUGGAAAGGAGAAAAGCAAGAGCCAGUUUCGUUCAGACAAGGUGUAAAGAGACAUUUAGAUGUGUGGGACUUCGAGAACAACUUGGCAGAGAUCAAUAUCUCCAGUAGCGCACUCCACGAAUGGUCUGCUCAUUACAAUGCUAUCGCACAGGAACAACAACGGCCUGUGAGCUCGCUCCCUGAACGAAUGCCUACAUUGGAAUCUGUAGAAGACAUGCUUCGGCAUUCACUGAAGAUUUCGAACGCAUUGAGCAACAUGCAAAAUAUUAUCCGGGAUCAACAGGAUUCACUCAGGGAACAACGAAUGCGAGACCAGGGAGUUCGGGGCCCUGGCGAAUACGAAGACGAGAUGAGCAUGUACGGCGAUGACAUGAAGAACCACGGCUACGGGUCCGAAGGCAGAAAGCGUCGCGGGAGAGCCGCUCCCCCGGGCCGCUGCCACAGCUGUAACCGAGCCGAAACCCCUGAAUGGAGACGAGGACCAGACGGCGCACGAACCCUCUGCAACGCGUGCGGACUCCACUACGCCAAACUUACGCGCAAGAACACCAUGAGGCAAUCGCAGGGUUUGAACGGGUCUUCUCUGCGUCCGAGAUCGAGGGACGACAACUCGCCGAGACCGCUGAUGUGAAAGAGCUUUUCUCCCUAAUUAAAGAAACACUAUUUUACUUCUGUGUAUACAUACCACUCAUCUCCAUCUUUGAGGAUGAAGGGACCUACGGAUAAACGAACCGAUAUCCCGGCGUUCGAGGCAUGAACCUACAUAGGAGGCAAAAGCAACAGCCUUUUAGGGUGGAUAAGAUUAUUAUAUUGUCAUUGUUUUUCAUUGAUCAUGAAAUACUUCUCUUAGGAGGCCAGUCAGCAAGCAAGCAAGCAAGCAUACGAUAGCGAGCACUUCUUCUUCAUUUUUUGCUGUUA